AUGUCCACCUCCACCCCCGACUCCCCCCUCUCCGACCUCUGCUCAAUCUGCCACCUACAACCCCCCAAAUACCGCUGUCCGCGCUGCUCGACCCGCACAUGCUCCCUCCCCUGCACGCGGCGCCACAAACUCUGGUCCCAAUGCUCCGGGGUCCGGGACCCAGCUGCCUACCUACGACGAUCUGAACUAGCAACGGAAUCCGCCUUUGACCGGGACUUUAACUUCAUUACGGGGAUUGAGCGCUCGAUUGAGCGGGCGGGACGGGACGCCGAGAAUAGGGGGAUUGAUGGGGUUGCCGCUAUGGGGAAGAAGGGUGGUGCUGGUGCUGGGGGGAAGAGAAAGAGGGGAGAUGGUGGUGCAGGUGGUGGGACGAGGGCUGAGAUGGAGUUUUUGAGACGCGCGGAGGAGAGAGGGGUUAAGGUUGUUAGAGCGCCGAAGGGGAUGAGUAGGAAUAAGGGGAAUGGGAGUCGGUGGUUGGGAAGGAAUCAGUGUUUGGUUUGGACGGUCGAGUGGAUUCUGAGUGAUGGGGAGAAGAGGAUGAGAAAUUGUUCGGAGACGGCUCCUGUUGCGGAUUCUUAUGACCGCGUGGUUCCUGUUCCCAAGGAGGAGGGGAGUGAUGAGCAGGGUCAGAAACAGACUGGGGAUGAGAAGCCGGAGGGGACGUCCGAGUUGAAGACGGAGGAGCAACAACCACAGGAUGCUCCCUCGACUACAGCCCCCGAGCCAGCCUCGACUACAGAACCUACACAGCCGACAGACGCACCAACUGCUCAACCGGAAGCUUCAAAUGCGACACCAAUUACAUCGGACUCGCUACCACUUACCCCCCACCGUGACCUCUACUUCUAUCUUCAUCGUCCGCGGACAGCUACGAAACAGCCUGUUCUGGCCCCCCUGCCCCCAAAGAUCUCACUUGCUGCUGCUCUACGUGAUCACAUAGUCUUGGAGUUCCCUACUAUCUACGUACUGCCGGACUCACCUGAUACUAUACGAGCCCAGGAAGAUGCCAAGUACAUCCUAGAGGAAGAGUACCUACGCACGCAUCAGUCGCCGGAGGAGAGCAGCGAUGAUACGGGGGAUGCAGACGACGCUCAAUUGCCUCCGGGUGCCAUUGACCUCCGAGGCGUCGACGAGUCCAAGGUUCUGGAAGUCCUCCAGAAGGAUCUGUUCGAGCCUUCGGCAGCAGCGUAG